AUCGUUAUCAGCUAGAUAAUAAUGCUCCGAUUAUCGACUCAUUUAGUUAGUGCAAUUAUUUUGUGGCAAGAUGGCCGUCACUAGACGCGAAUACAUUUUCAGUGCGUUUUUGUUGAGUAUACUGAGUGUUUUGCUGACAGUCAUAGCGAUAUCGAGCGAUAGUUGGAUAGUAUCGCUUGCCAGGCUUCAGAAUCAAAUCGCGGACAGCACCAUAAGAUAUGGCAUGUUCAGAGGGGAACUGGUACUCAACAAUCUGGCUACACCAAGCCUCAGCACUCUACACAUGGCAUGCGUCCCUGACAUGGACGCUUGUGCUGUUAGCUGCAAAACGGAGCCACAAGCGAGGGAAAUUGAGGUACGAGCACUAGCUCAAGGGUUCCGGCCGACCACAGCAUGUGCUCCUGUCACUGAAGUAGACGAGAGUGAUCCACUUGACUCUGCACCAGUGAUCAGUUUCGCGUUAUACUUGUGCACUUUGCUGUUCCUCUUCUUAAUGCUGCUGUUCAAUCUGGCCGCAGCUGGGUUAGCUAUAGUCAAUGCUACAAUGAACCCUACAGAACCCAUAUUCGGUUUGCCAGGUUGUCUGUGGUCGAACGUCGUUGCAGCCUGUCUGGGUGUCGUGGUGAUGAUGAUCUUCGGCAUAUACUGGACUACUUCUGGCUUGAAAGAACAUCUGGCCUUCUCCUAUAUAUCAGUCGGUCCGUUCGAGCCCACGGCUGGGCUAGGAUAUUCAUAUUGGUUACUGAUCGGAGCAUUACUGUGUUCCACCACCAACGUGGUGUUGAUCCAAGUGAGAGCUUACCUACUCGAGAGAAACCCACCAACGCCCACCAUAAAAGUCGAGAACCAUUCUGAUGGCACUAUAUUUUUGUAUUGACAAAAAUAUUGCCAUACUUAUGUAAAAGGAAACUAUAUUCAGAAUCUGUUUAUACCUACUUAGUAGAGAAAAUAUGAUAUUGCUUCUUU